AUGGCCAAGACACUGCAGGCGCGGACCGCGGAUCUCUCUGGUGUCGAAGCCAGCGUUGAAGCUUGGAAGCGCAAGGUCCAGGCCGAGAAGGAGGCGAAAGAGAAGGCGUUGGCGGCCGAACGCGCUGCCGAGGAGGCGCGCAAAGCCAAAGAGGACGAAGCAGCGGCCAAGGCCAAGGCCAAAGCUGAGAAGGAAGCCGAGGCAGAGGCCGAAGCGAAUGAAGAGGCAGCCAAAGCCGAAGCCAACGAGAAGGAGGCAAAGGCGAGCGCAGAGGCCAAGGCAAACGAGGACGCGGAGGCGGCCAAGGCCAAGGCUGCGGCCGAAGCCAAGGCCGCCAAAGCCAAAGCCGACACCGCGCAGAAAGCCAGCGCGCCGGCAGCCAAGGAGGCUCAUGUGCUCGAGAGCGAGGCGCGGCUGAAGCAUUUGAAGGCUGUGCAUGCCGCAAGUGAACCCAUCCUCAACUCGGCGGACCCGCGCGUCAAGAAGAUUCGCAUGGACGUCAAAAAGCAGAUUGGUGAAGCGUGCAACCAAGUGGCCAACACGCCCAAAUCGAUCAAGCUUGUCGUCACCAAGCUCUGCAAAGUGCUCUCAGAGGCCCGGGCUGCGGGUCCCGAGUACCUCAAUUUUUCCCUCGACAUUUUGGCGGGGCGCCUCACGUCCCAAGUCAAAGUCCUCACCGAAAUUCGAUCGUGCUUCCCGCUCGCCCAUGUUGCGGCCAUGUGCAGCGUGCACACGCCGGAGCUUGCCGACAUCUUUGUCGCGCACCUCAACCAGAUGUGUCCGUUUACGGUGCCGUUCUGCCCAGGGCGGCGUCCGGACCAGAGUCCUCAGGAGUACCUCGCGACGUCCGGCAUGGAGUGGGAUGACGAACGCAACGCGCCUGAACAAGCAGAAAAGUAUCAGAUGCGCAUGACCAUGGCGAUCUCGCUCUUGGCGGCGACGAUGCAGACUACACCGUACGACGGCAGUCCGCAACCCAAGGGCUUGACUUUUGACGACCUCUGGGCCUGGCUCGCACGGCUCGUGAACGGCCAGGUGCACAUGUACACGGCCAUGACCAUUCUCGCGCUGCUCGAGACGGCAGGGUUCGCGCUCCUGACACAGUACAAGCGGCAGUUCCAAAAGCUGUUGGAGCUCAUCCAGCGCGAUGUGCUGCCCAAUCUUUCGCGGGAUGCCAAGUCGGGCGCGGCUGCGAGCCUCGCGCGACUCAACACGUUUCUGGGCGAAAACCAAGUGUGCAACGAACCCGAGGGCCGCGUCCCGAAAGAGUCGGCAAUCUCCAAGGACGACGAAGAGCACGAAAGCUCCAACGACAACCGCGGAGGCUACAACAACAACAACAACAACAAUCGUAGCAACGGCGGCGGGCGCGGGCGAGGCCGUGGCCGCGGCGGCUACCGGUAA